GCGCGACGAAAGAACGGUGACUCACCAUGCUAAUCAGCUUUGUCGAGGUCGAUGGUCAUCUGUUCUACUGCCCCCUGGCAGAGUUUAGCUCCACGUACGACACUCCACGCUUAGAGGGUCGUCUGGUCGUGGCAGACCCGAUCACGGCCGAAACUCCACUGAAGAAUACCAAGGACGUAGCUGGGAAGAUUGUGCUCGUGCAGCGAGGAGGAUGCGACUUCCUGAGCAAGACCAUUCAGGUCCAAAAGGCUGGAGCGGUGGCGAUCAUCGUAGCAAACACAGACGAGGAGAACCCUCAGCUAGCGUUCGUCAUGGACGCUGGUCUCACGCGAUCUGGCAUGAACGCCAAGAUCCCGGCGUUGAUGGCUCCUUUCGCCACGGCCCAGCACCUCUUGGACUUGGUCGGGGAAACUAGCGGCAUGAAAUUGAACGUGUCGAUCGUUCUUCUGGAUGCUACGGAGGCGUCCGCCGUCUUAGACGCACAGGAGCGCGGGCGACAGCAGCGUGCGAAGGAGGCUGAUGCGCUGCGGAUGCAACAAGAGCGUGAGAAGAAGCAACGGGAAGCCACCAUGUUGCUACGCAGUCGUCUCGUCAAGGACAACCAGGUCGCGAAGGCCUUGGUUGACCAGAUCAUCCCCCCUGUCACGGUACAACUCGCACCCUCCACAACAUCUACGUUGGCCGAGAGUGACGACAUCAGCAUGUUCGCACCAGUGCUCGUCCCUGCUGCGCCGCCAGUAGCUCCAUCUACAGCUCCGUCUGCUGGCGCCAUGACCGCCGAGCCUGUGAAGAUCUCGUCAACGUCGUCGUCCAAGCUGGAUGGUGUUAUUCAAUCCAAUACAACUGGACUUCUGGUGCUAGAUGUGCAGUACUACUGCGCGAUGCCACAUGUGGGCAAACACUCCAACAUGGAUCGAGCUACCAGCAGCAAAGAAUACUAUUUUGACCGGAUCAAAUCCACGAUGGUUCCCAACAUCCAGUCCAUCUUGCACAUCCUGCGACAACGGUCCAUGGAGGUUGUGUACGCCACGAUCGAAAGCAUGACCAAGAACGGCCGCGACCGAAGCAAGGCGCACAAGAUGGCUGGAAUUCACGUGUCCAAGCACAGCUUUGACGCCAAGGUGCUCGAGAGCGUCGCACCCACCGACUACGAUAUUGUUAUUCCACGUACAGCCAUCAGUCUUCUAGGCACAACCAACGCCGACUACAUCCUGAGAAACCUCGGCCUUGCCUGUCUUGUACUCGUGGGGGUGUCCACCCUCGGCACGUUGGAGGCGACAGUGCGUGACGCCUUAGACCGAGGUUACACGGCGCUGGUCGUGGAAGAUGCGGUGGCGUUUGACACUCCUGAGGAACAUGCAGCGGUCAUGAAGAGCGCAGCGAAAAUGGGUGCUCACGUCUUGCAGACCCGCGACUUUCUCGUUGAAGUCCAAGCGACGUGCCCACCGCGGCUCGCAGUGGACGCCGUUUCUAUGUAACCGUGUGGAAUAAUGUAACCGUCACUGGAUGACCCAUUUAGUGCCCAUUUUUAACCGGAG